AUUCCUAGAUGGGUGUGGUGUGUUUAUUAUAAUAAUAAUGGAUUAGAUUUUAUAGCGCUUUUCAAGGCACACAAAGUGCUUCACAAUGACGUGAACCAACUUAUUCAUUCACUUCCCACUCACUGGUGGUGGUAAUCUAGAUCUGUAGGCACAGCUGCCCUGGCGUAGUCUGACGGCAACGCCUCUCUGACCACUACCAAACAUUCAUUUAUUCAUCACUGUUGGAGGCAAGGUAGGUGAUGUUUCUCGCCCAGGGACACAAUGACUGGAGGGAGGAUCAAAACACCAACCUUCCGGUUUCUGGAUGUAACUUUGUGUUUUGUCAUUCAAGGCCAAUGACUGUGUCCUCAGCUUUACGAAAGAUUUGUCUCAGAGAUGUUGGGCCUCCUGUGACCGCCAACUCCCACCAGCAGGAAUGUCCACCCACAGGCCCAAAAGAGCGCGGCCUGGUCCCUUCCCCUUCUGGAUAUCUCCACUUGACCGCGGAAAGUUCUGGCGAGGUGGCCUCCAGAUUACAAGAGACCUCCAGGAGGAAGGAAGACUGGUCGACAUGGCGCUGCUGUGCUACAACAAAGGCUGCGGACAGAAAUUUGUGGCAGACAAGAACAAGGAUGAUUCCUGCGUCUUCCAUCCUGGAAUCCCCAUCUUCCACGAUGCCCUAAAGGGUUGGUCAUGCUGCCGCAAGAGGACCACAGACUUCUCAGAGUUCCUCUCCAUCAAGGGCUGCACCCGCGGGCCCCAUAGCAAUGAGAGGCCGUGCGAACCUCUAGUACCCGAGGUGUCGUCAGACAAGGCCACCGGCAAACACGGCAACGGUCAGGAGAUCAUUUACCAAGGACCCAAAUCUGCUGAGAAACUGCAGAGAGAGAGACCAAGUUCAGACGAGCCAAAGACCAAACUGCCCAUCAGAGUGUCGUCAUUGCUGGCAAGGGAACUGGAGAAACUGGACAUCAGCACGAGAGCCAAGAAUGAGAAGAAAGAGAGUCAAGGUGCGGUGCAAGGGACGCGAUGCAAGAAUGCAGGAUGCAAAACAGUCUAUGAAGGCCCAGAAACUGACAUGGAAGUCUGCACACAUCACCCUGGAGGGCCGGUCUUCCAUGAGGGCUACAAGUACUGGAGCUGCUGCUGCAUCAAGACCAUGGACUUUAACGUCUUCCUGGACCAGAAGGGCUGCACAACAGGGAAACACUGCUGGAUACCCAAACAGGACAAGAAGAAGGUGGCUUGCAGACACGACUGGCACCAGACAGCGAACAACAUUGUCAUGAGCAUCUACGCCAAGAACGCCAAUCCCGAGAUCAGCAGUGUCGAGGCCAAUGGGACGGUGGUCUCCUGUCAGAUUCAGUUUGAGGAGGACAAGCUUUUCAGGAGAGACUUCCACCUUUGGGGGGUCAUUAAUGUCCAACAGAGCGCCGUCAACAUGGUGCCCUCCAAAGUGGAAAUCACCCUCUGCAAGGCCGACCAGGUGGCUUGGGGCAAACUGGAGGAUCCCAGCUACAAACCGGAGCCGGAGCCCGUGGAGGAAACGGCGGUGGAUGCCCUUGAGGCGCAGCGCCCCGACUGGGACAUUGACGACGAUGACAUCAGCGACUCGGACGAAGAGUGGGCCUACGACACGCUGCCAAAGGAUGCACAAAAGGAGUCAACAGCUGCAGGGAAGAGGCAGGCGGGCGGGGAAGACAUGCAAAAUGAAAAGAGGAGAGAGGUGGAGCAGGAGAUGAGGAGAGCCAGGGAGGAGCAGAGGAAGGCCGAGGAGGAGAGGGAGAAAGUGAAGGAGCUUAGGAGUCAGGAGGAAGAGGAGGGAUACGAAGAAAUGCCCGAACUGGAGUGAAACCUCAAAAUUACAGUAAAUCCUUGUGUUUAUUUAUUGACCUUUUUAUUUGAGAGAGCAUGCAUGGAAUAAAACAUUUUCUUUUUUAGAUGUCUUUUUAUGCUUUUUGUCAUAACAUGAAAUACUAAUACAGUUAAUAAAUAA